AAUCAUCACUCACGAGUGAGCACAGUAAAAGCAAUUAUGGACAACCUCGGGAGUCAAGAUGUAAAGAUAGACUAAGAAAGAAAGAAAACAGGGCCCAGUUUUCUUGCCCGGCCAAUUAAACCCGACAUUUUCUCUCUUCAAACGCUGCUGAUCCUUAUUUUGGACAACCUUUACAAGCCAUUGAAGCCAACCCAUCAUUCAUCAAUUAAGCAUAUGGGUGUCUAUCCUCCGCUGAAAAUGGAGAAGAGCUGGUGUCUGGCUGUUAUCCUCCUCCACAUAAUUUCAACGGAAGCUGCUUUUUCUGUUAGCGGUGGCGUUGGUAUUGGCGUUGGUAUUGGCAAUGUAGGUGGCGGUGCUGGCGGACCGGGCGGUGGAGGCGUUUGGAUUGGCGGUGGGAUCAACGGCCCGGCGCCGUCUGCUUCUGGGUCUCCGGUUUCAAAGCUCGAGAGAGCUUACACUGCUCUCCAGGCAUGGAAAUCUGCAAUCAAAGAAGACCCAAUGGGGAUUUUAGACACUUGGGUCGGCUCCGAUGUUUGUUCUUACAAAGGAGUCUUUUGUGCAGAUUCUCAAGAUGAGAUGGAUGCUUCGCCUGACCCUGUUGUUGCCGGCAUAGAUCUCAACCAUGCAAAUCUUCAAGGCACUCUCGUCAAGGAGCUCUCUUUCCUCACCGAUAUCUCUCUGUUUCACCUCAACAGCAACAGAUUUUCAGGCACUGUUCCUGACACCUUCACAGAUCUCUCAUCGCUUCAAGAGUUAGACCUCAGUAACAACCUCUUCUCAGGUCCUUUCCCUGCAGCUACUCUAUACAUUCCAAACCUCGUUUACUUGGACAUCAGAUUCAACAAAUUCUCAGGCCCCCUUCCUGAAGAUCUCUUCAACAAGCAACUUGAUGCAUUGUUUCUUAACAACAACCAAUUUGAAGGCGAACUCCCGCAGAAUCUGGGGAACUCUCCAGCGUCUGUGAUAAAUUUAGCUAAUAAUAUGUUCACCGGAAACAUCCCGGCUAGUUUUGGUUUCAUGGGUUCUAAACUGAAGGAGAUAUUGUUUCUGAAUAACCAAUUAACAGGUUGCAUUCCCCAGGGAGUUGGGCUUUUCACAGAGAUGCAAGUUUUGGAUGUAAGCUUCAAUUCGUUGAUGGGUCAUUUGCCAGACACCAUAUCUUGUCUGGAAGAAAUUGAGGUUCUCAAUUUGGCACACAACAAGCUAUCUGGGGUUCUGCCAGACGUGGUUUGUUCUCUGAGAAGCCUUGCGAAUCUGACUGUUUCUUACAAUUUCUUUUCUGGGUUCAGCCAGGAUUGCUCCAACCUAUUCGUCAGGAGUGUGGGCUUCGAUUUCUCUGGGAAUUGCAUCCCUGGGAGGAACAUGCAGAGACCUCAGCCAGAAUGCUCUAUCAUUCCAGGAGGUAACUUGAUUUGUCUAAGAAUCCCUGCUGCUGCAAAGCCUCUUGUUUGUGGGUCACUGGCAAAGGCUAAACCAAGCUCCUCACCUCCAUGAGAAGAGAGAAGAGAGAGAAAGAGAGGUGGGUUGGUGAUGGCUGUCUGAUUUUUGAAUACUAGCAAUCAAAAUAUUUAGAGCUUCCUAAUUUAUUUCUUUAUGAAAUCAGUAUAUCUAACUUAUCA